GGCGAGGGCGCGACGGACAAACGUGUUUGUCCAGUGGGCCACUUUUGAGACGUAAAAGAUGGGCUGGACGUUCAAAUGUACUUUUACACCUUUGGCCCCGCCCCCUUCACGGCGUGCAACUCCCACGACGUCUUUGUGCUAAAUCUUUCAAAGUUGGAACAACAAUGUGACAAAUACUCCACUCACGGAGUUGUUGUCCACCAUGAAGAUGUGCUUCAUCUUCCCCGCGGUGCUUCUCUGCACGACAGCCGCCUUCGAGCCGGCGGUGUCCGGCCAGCAGCAGCAGCAGCAGCCCGGGGAGGAGAGCACCUGCGAGGCCGGCGGCAGCCUCUACUACGCGGGGGAGUGGUUCUUCCUGGACUCGGACCACUGCACCCAGUGCGAGUGCACGGCCCAGGGCUCGGUGUGUGUCCGCACCCAGUGCACCUCCCUGCCGGCGGCGUGCGUCCAUGUGAGCCGCUACCCCGGAGACUGCUGCCCGCGGUGCGAGAGGAUCGGGUGCGAGUACCGGGGGGAAGUCUACGAGCUGGGCCGCGACUUCCAGCCUACAGAAUGUGAGCAGUGCACGUGUGCCAGUGAUGGCAUCGCCCAGUGUUUGGUGGCGGACUGCGCUCCUCCCCCGUGUGUCAACCCGGUGUACCUGCCAGGAAAGUGCUGCCCCGAGUGCACUGAGGGUCCAAAUUGCUAUGUGGACUCAUCUCACAGCCGGGUGAUUCCUGCCGGGAAGCCCGUCUGGGUGGACUCCUGCACCAAGUGUCGUUGCCAUGACGGCCAAGAUGUCAGCUACUGGGAGGGAAACCGCUUGGCCACCUGCUCCCGCCUGAACAACUGCACUCUUGAAACACAAAAGUGAUUGUGGUGUCUGCACACCACACAGCUGUGGCAUGUUUGUUGUUACACACCACACAGCUGUGGCAUGUUUGUUGUUACACACCACACAGCUGUGGCAUGUUUGUUGUUACACACGACACAGCUGGCAUGUUUGUUGUUACACACGACACAGCUGUGGCAUG